UUGUGUAUUAUGUAUUAUGAUUAAUAAUGUUGCAGUACUAUUAGACUAAUUAAUUUUCCAGAUAUUUAAUUUUGGUAGCACAUGCUGAUGUUCUUGUACAAGUACAGCUGCUCAACACCUAACCAAACCAAAGGUGCAAUAUGUACCUCACUCUAUAUAUAGCUCAUUCACAAAGAAACCCAGAACACCACAAUACCAAAUAGCUGAAGCUAGGGGCAACCUGUGAACACUCCAAGUUUCAUUGAGAUCAUGGGGCCUAAGAAACUUAGUGCGACUACAUCUGUGGUUGCAAUUGUUAUAGCUUUAGCAGCUGUGCUACAAACCGCAGAAGCUGAAACGCACAAAGUGAGUUGGAAUAAUACAGUUGGUGCCAACUACUAUACUUCUUGGGCUGCCAAUCAGACCUUCAAAGUUGGCGACCUUCUAGUGUUCAAUUUCACUACUGGACGACACGACGUAGCUGAAGUUGCAAAGGAUGCUUACGAAAAGUGCAACGUCACUGACCUCAUCAGCAACCCUAAGUACGACGGACCAGCCAACUACACCCUCAAUGCCACCGGCGAUCACUACUUUAUCUGCCUCUUCCCUGGACACUGUGACCAAGGACAGAAGUUGGCAAUCACCGUAACAACUAGCCAUUCCGGCUCUGCGCCUACGCCUGCUCCUGCCCCAAGUAGUACUGGUACUCCUCCUUCUGGAGCUAAAUCUCCUCCUAGUUCAACAUCGCCACCACCAAGCACGUCAAGCACUACAGCACCACCACCACCAAAGGGCUCGACAGGCAGCUCUUCUCAUGUUGUUACCAUUUCUACUGUUUUCAUGUCCAUUGCCGUAGCUCUUUUCUGCCUCUUCUAGUCUAUAUAUUAACUUGAUAUAUUAAUUGUUCCCCCUUGUAUGCAUUUCUUUGGUUCAGCACAUGAAUUAUUUUGGAACGAGAGUUUGAUCAAUA